GGAUAACAGCACCUGGGCCAGGAAGAAAGGAGAGACGAGCUGCCUGCCUCCAUCUCUGUCUGACCGUACAAUUAUCUACGGAAAUUAACAGUGCAGUGGCCAUGGAGGCAACACGGAGACGAACCCAGCACAGUCACAAUGGGAAGACAUCUGAACAGAGGGAGCAGACAGCACAGUGGGGGAGAGCAUGGGAAGUGGACUGGUUCUCCCUGAUCAGCGUGAUUGGCCUCCUUUGCUUUGCCCCUUUCAUUGUCUUCUACUUUGUGAUGGCCUGCGAUCAGUACCAGUGCUCCAUCAGCCAGCCUCUGUUUGAUUUGUGCAGAGGAGAGGCCACGCUGCUCUCCAUCUGGGCUCGGGCACCCUCCUUCACCUGGUCAGCUGCCACGAUAUAUGCCAUCUGGGUGGUCUUCCAGGGGUUCCUGUACAUGUGUGUUCCUGAUGUCACUCAUAAGUUUAUUCCUGGCUAUGUUGGUGGAGUGCAGGACGGAGCACUGACCCCUGCUGGCCUGAUUAACAAGUAUGAGAUCAACGGGCUGCAGGCUUGGUUGAUCACCCAUGCUCUGUGGUUUGCCAAUGCCCACUAUUUCCACUGGUUUUCUCCCACCAUCAUCUUCGACAACUGGAUCCCCCUGAUGUGGUGUGCUAACAUACUGGGAUAUGCUGUGGCCACCUUUGCUUUCAUAAAGGCCUACUUUUUCCCCACAAACUCCGAAGACUGCAAGUUCACAGGGAACAUCUUCUACAACUACAUGAUGGGCAUCGAGUUCAACCCACGCAUCGGCAAGUGGUUUGACUUCAAGCUAUUCUUCAAUGGCCGGCCCGGCAUUGUAGCCUGGACUCUUAUCAAUCUGUCCUACAUGGCCAAGCAGCAGGACCUGUACGGACAUGUCACCAACUCCAUGAUCCUGGUCAACGUACUGCAGGCCAUUUAUGUGUUGGAUUUCUUCUGGAAUGAAGCGUGGUACCUGAAGACCAUUGAUAUCUGCCAUGACCACUUUGGAUGGUACCUGGGCUGGGGAGACUGUGUCUGGCUGCCGUACCUCUACACACUGCAGGGUCUGUACCUAGUGUACCACCCAGUCCAGCUCUCAGACGCCCACGCCCUGGCCGUACUGUUGCUCGGCCUUGUUGGAUAUUACAUCUUCCGCUCCACCAACCACCAGAAGGAUUUGUUUCGGCGCACCGAGGGCUCCUGCUCCAUCUGGGGCCGUAAGCCAACAUACAUUGAGUGCUCGUACCGCUCCGCUGAUGGUGGCGUCCACCGCAGUAAGCUCCUGACCUCGGGUUUCUGGGGAGUGGCCCGACACUUCAACUACACCGGUGACCUGAUGGGUUCACUGGCAUACUGCGCCGCCUGUGGCUUCGGCCACAUACUCCCGUACUUCUACAUUGUUUACAUAACCAUCCUGCUCGUCCACCGCUGUGUGCGCGAUGAGCACCGCUGCAGCAGCAAGUACGGCAAGGACUGGAAACGCUACACAGAUGCGGUGCCUUACCGGCUAAUUCCUGGGGUGUUUUAGUGAGGGGGAGAGGUCAGGGAGGGGCUAAGAUUAAGCUAGAAAUUGGAAUGGGUUAGCAAAACAAACAUUAAGUGUGUGUGUGUGUGUGUGUGACCGCAUAUGCAUGUGUGUGUUUUAUACGUAUCAAGAAUACACCACACUGAUGAACAUUUUAACACCACAUUACAUACAUUCUGUAAUUUGUAUCUAUUUCUUCAACGUGCUUAAACUGCUGUACAUGCAGGUACAGAUGGUUUAUUGCUGUAACUACUAAAGGCAGUUUCAUACACCAGUCUGCUGCUUUCGUUAUGCUGUGACCAUUCAACACAUUCAACCACAUGUUUUAACACAGUACAAUAUAUUUUGGAGCCAAUAAGCGCAAGAACAGUGUUAACCAGCUCAAGCCAAACUAUCAGGGACAGGAACAGAGUCGAUUCUGUAGUGGAGUGACGUCAACUAUUCAACACAAUGCUGUGACACUCCCAUAACACACGUACGGGUUAUACGGUAACUUGAUCAAUUUGUCAGUUAAAAAAAAAUCAAUGACAAGUUUUUUCGUUUGAUAGUAAUCAAACUGACAAAAAAGUUAUCAAAAAAAAGACCAAAACAUGGCAGAGCAUUUGAUGUUAUCAGUUAUAUAUCAUUUUAAAUGUAACUCCUACUAAAGUUUUUUUUUUUAAUCUAUUGCUCAGAAAAGUAAGCAAUGUAAUGUCACUUGGCUCUCAGGUAGUGGCUUUUCAUUAUUUUGGCAUUUUUAAACUAAAUGAGUAAUGUAUGAAUACAUUUUUAUUAAUCCACAUUGACUGUAAUAAUUUGUUGCUGCCCUACUGACUUUAACACCAACAAAAAGCUCUGUCUGUUCUUUCUGAAGUUCACUAAGCCAUUCUGAAACUACAAUUAUAAUUUAGUUAUAUCAUUGUAUUUGCUUUGUGUUAAAUCAACAUGUUAAGUUGAUCACGGUCUAGCCAAGUUUAAGUUCUAUGCUGACAGAGGUUUUCUAUUUCCAACAAUUACAGUUAUUUUGUGUUCAUUCUCAUACCAGCACUGCCUUUCUUAUAGCUAUAGAUAGGGUAACAAAAUAAACUUUUUUUCUAUCUGCC